CCACAAUGACACAAUUUCCCAUUCAUAAAAAAAAACCAUGUCCAGCUUCACUAACACAAGCACUGCUCCAAUUCAUGCCCAACUCACCAAACCACACAGACAUGAUCACAGGAAGAAAAGCUCAGUCCCAACUGUCAGAGCCUCAUUUCCUAGUGAACAAAAUGUGAAACAUAGAAGAAACUUUGUAGCAACAUUGUUAGCAACUUCAAUGGCAGCAAUUGGUGUACAUGGCACACCAAUUGCACUUGCUCAGAAUUGGGGUACACGUUCAUUUCUAAAGGAACGUUAUUUUGAGCCAGGGUUAUCACCAGAAGAUGCAGUGGCUAGGAUUAGACAAACUGCUGAGGGGUUACAUAGCAUUAGGUACAUGUUGGACACCAUGGCUUGGAGGUAUGUCUUAUUUUACAUUCGAUUAAAGCAGGCCUAUCUUUCUCAGGAUAUGAAAAAUGUUAUGUCUCUGUUGCCGGAAAAUCGCCGGAAGGAUUAUGUUAAAACUGCAAAUGAGUUGGUGGAUAACAUGAUGGAGCUUGACUAUUUUGUCCGCACGCCGAAAGUAUAUGAAUCAUACCUAUAUUACGAGAAGACAUUAAAAUCAAUAGAUGAUCUUGUGGCAUUGUUAGCCUAGUACAAGAUGGAGUUUUAUGAGUGCUAAAAUGGGGGCAUGGCUGCAGUUCUCAAUCAAUUGGAAACUUGAGAUUUCCAGUCAAUUUAAGGUGAUUACAAGAAAAAUGUUGAAUUUCACUGGACUUUUGUGCUGAACUCUGCAAUUUGUUGAUUAUUAUGUAAGGUGUAGAUUGAAGGAAUAUAUAGUUAUAUACCAUAGCUUAAGAUCA